CGACGCACCAGCAGUAGGAAGAAAGAGAACUUGACCGAUGAUCAGAAGCGCGCCAACCACAUCAUUUCGGAAAAGAAGCGGCGCGAAAUAAUCAAUCAGGGAUAUCGCGAUCUCAACGAGCUGACACCGGCCCUUGCCAUGGGCAAGUCUGGCUUGUCGCGUUCGGAGUGCUUG